AUGGGCCGUCGUCCUGCUCGCUGUUACCGUUACUGCAAGAACAAGCCAUACCCUAAGUCUCGUUUCUGCCGAGGCGUCCCUGAUGCCAAGAUCCGCAUCUUCGACCUGGGUCGGAAGAAAGCCAAAGUGGAUGAGUUCCCGCUGUGCGGCCACAUGGUGUCGGAUGAGUACGAGCAGCUGUCUUCCGAGGCCCUGGAGGCCGCCCGUAUCUGCGCCAACAAGUACAUGGUGAAGAGUUGCGGGAAAGAUGGCUUCCACAUCCGGGUGCGCCUGCACCCCUUCCACGUCAUCCGCAUCAACAAGAUGCUGUCGUGCGCAGGCGCCGACCGCCUGCAGACCGGCAUGCGCGGGGCCUUCGGGAAGCCGCAGGGGACCGUGGCCCGCGUCCACAUCGGCCAGGUCAUCAUGUCCAUCCGCACCAAGCUGCAGAACAAGGAGCAUGUUAUCGAGGCCCUGCGCCGGGCCAAGUUCAAGUUCCCCGGCCGCCAGAAGAUCCACAUCUCCAAGAAGUGGGGCUUCACCAAGUUCAACGCCCAGGAGUUCGAGGCCAAGGUGGCGCAGAAGCGUCUCAUCCCGGAUGGCUGCGGGGUCAAGUACGUGCCCGACCGAGGCCCCCUGGACAAGUGGAGGGCUCUGCACUCCUGA